AUGUCCACCAGUGUCCUUCCCACCGCUCUCAAGACACCAGGAACAAAAAAACUAGUCGGUAAACGCAUUAUUCUAGCCUCAAACAGUCCUCGAAGAAAGGAUAUCCUCAUUAAUCUUGGCCUUGCGCCGGAAAUCAUCCCCUCUACAUUUGAAGAGAACAUCCCUGUUUCAUCAUUUGAAGAUAUACACGAGUAUCCCGUUGCAACUGCCACCCACAAAGCCGUGGAGGUAUACGAACGUCUUGUGAGCGAAAACCCAGAAGAUGCUCCCGACCUCGUCAUCGGGGCGGACACUGUGGUCCUGACGCAUGCACAGCCUUCUACUUCGGAAGUAUCAUACUCUGAACUACCUGGCAUACAGCAGGAACUACUAGAGAAGCCCACGUCCAAGGGGGACAACCUGCGCAUGCUGCUCGAUUUGAAUGGCGGUAUUUUAUAUCCGGUACUUAGUUCACCAGGUUACACGAUCAAGUCGCUAGAUGAGCGCACUCUAGUUUACUUUGCCGACAAUCCACCCCAUGUCCUCGAAGCCUACGCUGAAAAUGGUGAAGGGCGAGACCGCGCAGGCGGAUUUGCCAUACAGGGCUUAGGAAAUCUUCUUAUCCGAAAGGUUGAUGGUGACUUUCAGAAUGUGGUCGGUUUUCCUGGCGCUUCGUUCUUCAAAUUAAUAGAGUUGCUGGCUGAGGAAGAAGAGGAAUUCAUGGAAAUAUGA